GAGAGCGGUUUUUGAAGUUCCGUAAAUUACCUUCAAAUGUAUGGAGGUUGACAACCAAAAAAUCGAGCAGGAUAACGAGAUUUCAUCGGAACAAUCUAAUACUGGCGAAAUUUUGUCACAACAAGACAUUAGUGAUAGAAAAGAUGAGGACGAAGAAGAAGAGGAGGAGGAGGAAGAAGACAAAAUUGUGGAGAAAUCACACAACAGCCGUUUCCACAAAAGAAAUAAACGAUUCCCAAAACAAAUUGAAGGGGUUGACAAUGCGUUUGUUGCAAUAGAACCGAAAUCUGGCAAGGAGGUCAUAUGGAAUGAAUGUAUUCUACCUGAGAAGAAAACUGAUAAAGAAAUACCUUUCUUUGAUCAAAAAGCUCAAGAAAAACUCCCAUCCAUUUCUUGUGCGUUUUCUGGACGCUUGGGUUUCCAAGACAGAGGAAGGACCGCGCAAGCUAGUCUUCAUCACUGAGCGUCUCGAUGAGUGUACGCUAAAACAAUUUUUGUGCAAUUCUGCGAAAAAUAACCGCCUAUGGAACAGACAUGUGGGUCAGCUCCUUUCUGUUCUGAUGUUUCUCCAUCGUCUUGGUGUUGCUCAUGGUAAUCUGACUAAAGAGUCAAUAUACUAUCAAAACUCGGGAAACCUGAGAGUUGGAUUGUUCGCUCUUGGUAGAUGUCUAGACCAAAAAUCUGAGGCUUUCGAUGUUUAUUCUCUUGGUGUUGUCUCUUUGGAGAUUGCUGUGUGGACACCCACUGAAUUUCCAUCGAAUUCUGACUUAACUGAAAAGUGUCAACAAAUGAUCUCACGCUUGGACAACAAUAAUCAAAAAAGCUUCAUUGAGGCGUGUUUUGAUACUGGAUCCACAACAAAAUGUCUCAUCAAGCGACUGCUUAAUCAUCCUGCUGUUACGGAAGUGCCAAUCUUGAAGCUGUUAUCGGCCAGAAUGAUUGUUAACUCAAUGAUUUCUGUUUCUAAUGAGGAUGGCGGUACUAAUGAACCGACAGGAUUUGUCAGUCUAUUAAAGGACUAUCUCAAUCGUUACGAGGACGAAACUGUUAUUAUGGAAGUUCAUUUUCCACAUGACGAUGUGGUCAAGUCUAAAUCAUGGAAAGAUUUCCGAUCAAACUUUACUCUUACUUCGAAGUACCUUGAAGACGUUAAAAAUGGAUUCUAUCCGUUAUUUGGAUGCCACUGGGAUGCUUAUCAAGGAGAAGAGGAAGAUAGUACAUUUCCUAAUUAUUCAGGAGUCUCAGGGUUCCCUCCUUGUAACGGUCUUACAAGUAAUCUGUCAAGUGCAAGUGGUACCGUCAAGAACGAUCCAUCAGCUUCUGUCGGGAAUUCUUCUUGCACAUCAGCCACUCCAAGUGCAUGUGCUUCGUGUAAAAACUCUACUGCAUCAAAAAUUACAGAUUUAGCUAUUGGCUCACAGUUGGCUCCAGAGGACCUGGUUGUUAUACAAUCUGAUGAUGCUGCAAAAGGUUGCUCUUCCUCCAGUGCAUAUGCAUCCCAAAUAAAUCUAACCAACCAUAUGCCACAAAUCGAUCCUAGUUGUUCGUCUAAGGUGAUUGAUAAUGACUUGAAAAAGAAUGAUUGUCCAACUUCAUUUGGUGAGGUAGUUGGUGUAGCUUUUAUUCCAAAGACUGAUGAAGAUAUUCACCCCUUGUCUAAGGCAACGCCUUCAGUGAAUGCACCCCGACCAUUGGAAUUGGGUUAUACAGAUCCGAAAUUUCCAGACAAACCUUUUGACUACGUAGAUGAAAGUGAAUCCCAUGGUCAUGGUCAAACAGUGUCUGUACUUGAUGAACAUGAUGGUUGUUUAUCAUCGCCAAAACAACAAAAUAAAUCUCUACUUACAUCUCCAAGUUGUGAACAACGAUUUGAUUUUGUCAUUGACACUCAACAGAAAGAAGUAAUAAAUAAUAGUGAAGCUGUUGUUGUAAAUGAGAAAACAUCUGACGGUCUCAUAUUAUCCGAUAAACAGGACAAUCUUAGCCCGGAACCAGAAGAUGAUGACGGUGAGGUUGAUGAUGAAGAUGAUGAUGACGAUGAUAAAGAUGAAGACGAUGAUAACGAAGAUGAUGAUGACGAUGAUGAUGAAAAGCGCGUGGUAGAACCGGUUGAACGCUAUGAACCGCAAACAGUUCAUGUUAAUCCACCAGAACGUGCACCAAGCCAUCCAGCUUUAUUUACACACUGUCAGUAUUUGUAUGUGGGAGCUGGCCGUUGGCAAGUUUAUGUCCAAAUGUGGUUUGUUGAAGAUCGUUUAAAAAGGGAGACCUAUGUACAAGUAUUUGACAAUGAAUGGCAUGAUUAUGAACGUGUUGCUGAUCUGUUCGAAGCUUCACGGUGCCUGAAUCCAGUCGAUCGUUCUAAUCUUGUAAGAUUGCUUGCUUUAGCAAGACAUAACUGUGCUCUUAUUGAUGGUGAACUUCAGUUUCCUGGUCCGAUAGCAUCUAGGCAGAGCAAUUUCGACGCGCUUGAAUUGCAUGAGAAACUUGUUGCGCUUCACCUUCAUCAACAAGCAAAAGAACGUUUAACUUCCAGAGAUUCAGGAUUAGCUAAAAGUUCUAUACAUUCAUCUUCAGCUACACCAAAUAAUGAAAAUGGACCUGUGGUCUCGAGUGAUCAUGACCAAAAUUUAGGUGAUAUUCGGUCGAUGGAUUACCAAAAUCAUGUACCAAUUCCAAAUGAAGUACAAGCCUGUGCUGAGCAUAUUACACAGGUUCAGUUGCAUCAACGUGCAGAUCAAACACAAGAUCGUAUGUUUAGUCCACAUUUUUCUCUUAUUUCACUAACUGAUUUAAUUAAACUUUAAGUAAAUUUUUUAAUUGUUUCAAUCCAUUAUGGUAGAUUGAUUAUAAAUAAAAUGUUCUGUUAAUUAUUAGUUAUCAACUUCAUUCAUAUUCGAGUAUAUUCCUACUGUAUGCAUUGAUUACCAAAAUAUCAACGUUUGUGUACCGAUUAUUCAGUAAUGUAUGUAAACACUUUCGAACGUUGUAAUCACUUACUCGAUGAUUAGCAUAAGUCAUAUUCAUUCACUAGUGUACACACUUGCCACUUAAUCAUUUGAUAAUGGAUCUUAACAAAUAAAAUAUAUCAACUAUCCGCUUAUAAUACGUGUAGGUCUUAGUUCAGUACAUUUAAAUUUGAGUAGUUUGUUGUUCUGUCUACUCUGUCUGUCAUGUAUUACACUACCGGUGCAAAUAUGAUUCAAUUACUUUCAUUCGAAAGGUGAUUACUGUAUCUAGGCAUUGUGUCUUACGAAAUUUUAAUGAUGAUGCUUACUCAAUAAUUCUUCAGCGACAUUUAUCCGUACACAGAAAUAUUAUAAUUCAAUAAAUUUCAUUGAUCAUACGUGCUUGCUUACUAAUAAUGACUUUGUAAAUAAUAGUAGUCAAGAACGCACAUAAAAUAUUUUUCAAGUGACCUACAUAAAAAUGUAGUCACAGAUUUAAAAUCACCGUUAUCGUUGGUAUUCACACAUAAAUCUUAUAGCCUAGAUCAUAAAAUUGAGUUAAAUUAAUGAUACAUAUGUAUUGAUGGGUGAUGUACUUUUCUAAAAUUGUGGGCAUAUAUUUCUCGUUAAUAAUAUUAGUUAUACUUGAUGCAAAUAUCGCACAUAAAAAAUAGAUAAAUUGUUGUAAAACAGGUUAUACUCAAAUUAUUUAUUAAUAACUAGAAUACUUUCAGAUGUGUUCAGGUGUUGCUGAUUAGCACAAAUCAGAAAGCUGAUACUCUCCAUGAAAUGAAUAAAAAAUCAAACUAUGGGGAAUUUCAUGUCUUGGUUUAGUCAACUAGUUAUUUGAAAUAUCAAUUCCUAGAAGUGUUGUAGCGUUGUUAUAUCCAAGGUGUAUGAUAUGUAAAUCACCUUAUUUGCUGUAACAUUGCAGCAACAAUUGUUUUACACAAAACCCACCAGCUGACUGUUUUUAAACAAUUACACGGGUUUUCAUCAAUUUUACUGAACUAAAUUUAUUUUAAAUGGUAUGUACUUUUUGUAUACACCAGUAAAGUUAUGACGCCUAUUUCAUUAUAGCAUUGUUACGGAAUUGAAAAAUGUAACAGUAUAUUUUUCAUUAAUUUCUGUACACAGCCCCAACUCCAUGUCCUGUAUCAGUUGGUUUAUCUGAUGUAGAUGGGACAAAAGAGAAUCAAGACCCAGGGAAGCAACAAAAAGUUAAAAAUGAUCCGAACAGUGCACUUUUUCUGGAUGUCAGUUCACUUGCUCCUCGUAAUUCAUAUUGUGCUUUAUGUGAUACACAUGAUUAUCUACAUCAAAUUCAUUUACCAGCUUAUUUAAUCUCUCCCUGUUAUCAUUGCCGUGAGUUUCUUGCAAAUGAAGCUAAAAUCACUCCUGAAAUUCUCCUAGACUUACAUUUACAACAUAACAUCCCUUGGCCAGGAUUCCUGCAAGCUAGAUUUGGUAUUCCUAAUGAUGGUCGGUCAACUGAAGAACUAAUUGCUUAUGACUGCCGCUGGCGGAGCAGACAACCUUGUCGAUGUUUAACUUCGGUAGAUGGUUCAUUAUUACCACCUUGUGUCGAAUUUCCAUGGUUAACUCCUACAGUUUCGACAGGUUCAUUCGAAGUUACUGAUGUAUCAGCAAAUCAAAGCAAACUCGACAAACAAGAUUCAUUAAAUACGCAAACGAUUGCAGAGGUUUCUUCACCCACCACUACAGAUCCGCGCACUUCCGAUUUUUCCACAACGACACAAGCACAAACUAAUGCAACAAAUCAACCGUUCCCUACCCCCACUGCAACCUCGGUGAGCGCAAGUAGCACGUCAGCUGCGGGGAAUACUAGUACAUGUUUAAAGUCAAUUUUGCCGUGUUCAAAUAGGCAUAUUCGCGGUGCUCCCAUUACCUGCUGUCAUGGCAUACAUUUUCCUUUAGUUGGCAUACCAACCGUCUCGAAUUCAUCUGCCAAUCAAAAUACAGAUGCUGGCUGUAUCCCCUCUAUUGAUUCUUCUAAUCCACAAUCAACGACCGAUAAAGGAUCAGUUGUCAUGACUCAAGAAAUGCAGCAAGCAGCACCAUUGACAAACGAUGUAUCAUCUUAAUAUUGUAAUUUUUAUUAUCAUCAUUAUCCACAAUCAUUUGGUAAAUGUGAUUAGAAAAUUGUGCAAUAUACAAUUGUGUGCAUAUAUACCUAUCUAUCUUUUGAAUAGUAACAAUCUCAGAAUCUCAUUAUAAAAUAAUGUUAAAAUCUAGCACACAUCUCUACUAUAAUUACAACACUAGUCUUUAUAAUACUGUCAAACAUUAUUUGCCUUUCGAAACAAGAAAAAAGAUGGAAAUAAAUUGUUACCUAUAGU